GUUUGUUUUUCGUCAUUACGUCAUCACAGACAAUCCGACAUUCCAUCUCAAAGACUUCAUUGAUAGUUAUAACUCGCUGUUAGAAUCGACGUGUAUAGGAUUUAUAUUAAAAAAAAUAUAUACUGUAACAUGUUAAAAACCUGUUUGGAGUGCUUAUGCUCGAGAGAGAAUAAUGAAGUGUAUGGAACAGUUCUGAACGGACAAGCUAACACGGCGUGGCCAGGACCGCAUUUACAAAACGAAAUAAUGUUUCGCUUGCCGAGACCGCUUAAUGCUAACGAUGAAAUAGAAAUUAGUGGAAGAAUGAUUCCAAAUCCAGAGAGGCUUUUUCUCAAUCUCAUGACUGGAACAAGUGUUCCUGAUUAUCAGAACAUUGCCUGCCAGGUUGAGGCAAGUUUUUCAGUACAGAAUAUAUUCCUAAGAUGUAUAGAAAAUGGCAACAAAUAUGAAGAAGUUUUAGAUCAAUACCCAGCUGAUUUAUUUCCAGAUUCAGAAUUCAAAUUUAUCAUCAAAGUGAGAGUGAACGGCAGCCAAAUAUUGGAUAUAGACAUCGGAGAAUCAUAUGCCGGGAGUUUGGAAUUAAAACACAGCUUACGUGACAUAACAUUCUUGUCUUUGAGUAACGAUAUAACUAAGGUCGAUGAACUGAAGUUUAGAUUCGCUUAGGGAUUCAAUCUCGAGCUUUUAUUACAAAUGAUCAAUAAUGAUCAAAUGUUUUGUAUUUGAUAAUACUAAAUUUUUUUGCACCACACAUAAUAUGUGAUUAACAAAAUUGUAUGUCUGUAAUGUAACUUUUUAUCAGUAUUUGAUAUAGAAUCUUAAAGCAUUGCCAGAUAUUAUUUAUUUUAUUAUUAAGAUGUAUUCUAAGUUAGAGAAUCCCACCCACAUAAUAAUUAAUUGUAAUGUUGUUAUGAAUAAAUCUACCGAUUAAAUA